AUGACAUUGGGUCCCAAACAGGAAAGACAGUCACUUUUCACAUUAAGGUUCUGGCACUCACGACUCGCGGGGACUCUCACUCUGCAAAAGGUUCCAUUUCUCACUUUUGAAGUCACGACAGCCUCGAACCGUACGACCAAAAUGUUGAUUCCCAAGGAAGACCGAAAGAAGAUCCACCAGUACCUUUUCCAGCAGGGCGUCUGUGUCGCUAAGAAGGACUUUAACCAGCCCAAGCACGAGGACAUUGACACCAAGAACCUUUACGUCAUCAAGGCUCUCCAGUCUCUGACCUCUAAGGGCUUCGUCAAGACCCAGUUCUCUUGGCAGUACUACUACUACACCCUCACCGACGAGGGUGUUGAGUACCUCCGAGAGUACCUCCACCUUCCCGAGGGUGUUGUUCCCGAGACCCACAAGAAGACUGCCCGAGAGGAGACUGCUUCUCAGGGCCGAGGUGGCCGACCCGAGCGAGGUCCCCGACGACAGGAGGGUGAGUACCGACGAUACAACUCCAACAAGGAGUCUGCUCCCGGUAACUACCAGCCUUCUUUCCAGUAA